AUGGAUGCUUCAAAGCAGCCCGACAAGGCGGACGUGGUCACCGACAGUGAGAUAUCUGACGAUGUCGAGACUGGGGUUGUUAACAAAUCGGGACCUCUGGCCCGUGAUCUGAAGAACCGACACAUGCAGAUGAUCGCCAUAGGAGGUGCUAUUGGUGCCGGUCUCUUCGUUGGCUCGGGAGGUGCUCUGCACGCCGGCGGCCCUGCUUCGCUCCUGAUCUGCUACGCCAUCGUCGGUGUCAUGCUUCUCUUCACCUGCCAGGCCCUGGCGGAGAUGGCCGUUCUCUUCCCUGUCAACGGUGCCUUCUACACAUACGUCGUUCGCUUCUUGGACCCUUCAUGGGGUUUCGCCAUGGGCUGGGACUACGCUCUCUCUUGGCUGACGAUUCUUCCUUUCGAGCUCACCGCCGCAUCCAUCACGAUCAAGUUCUGGCGUUCCGACCUCAACGUGGGCAUCUGGAUCGCCAUCUUCCUCGUCUUCCUGUCCUUCAUCCAGAUCUUUGGCGUCCGUGGCUACGGCGAGGUCGAGUUCAUCCUGAGCAUGAUCAAGAUCAUGGCUUGCGUCGGCUUCAUCAUUCUCGGCAUCGUCAUCAACUGCGGCGGUGUCGGCAACCAGGGCUACAUCGGCUUCAAGUACUGGAGCGACCCCGGUGCAUUCAACAACGGCUUCAACGGCUUCGCUAGCGUCUUCGUCGUCGCUUCUUUCGCCUUUGGCGGUACUGAGCUGGUCGGCCUGGCUGCUGCCGAGUCUGCCAACCCUCGCAAGGCCAUCCCCACGGCCACCAAGCAGGUCUUCUGGCGAAUUGCCUUCUUCUACAUUGUCAACCUCUUCAUUCUCGGCCUCAUCAUCAAGUCGAGUGACGAGCGUCUGCUGGGUUCCUCCGGUGCCAACACCAAGGCCUCGCCCUUCGUCCUGGCCAUCCAGGAUGCCGGCAUCAAGGUCCUGCCGUCCAUCUUCAACACUGUCAUCACCCUUGCUGUGAUCAGCGUUGCGAACUCGUGCACCUUUGGCUCCACCCGCACCAUGCAGGCUCUCGCUGAGCGUGGCAUGGGCCCCAAGUUCCUCGCCUACAUCGACAAGAAGGGCCGGCCUAUCUGGUGCAUCCUGAUCCAGGUCGCCUUUGGCUUCCUCGCCUUCAUUGGCGAGGCCACGGACGGAGGCACCAUCUUCGCCUGGCUCCUGUCGCUCUCUGGCCUGUCCUUCUUCUUCGUCUGGGGCUCCAUCUGCCUUGCCCACAUCCGCUUCCGCUCCGCCUGGAAAGCCCAGGGCUUCACCCUCAACAAGAUCCCCUACAAGCCGACUCUGGGUGUUAUCGGCAGCUGGAUCGGCCUGGUCCUCAAUGUUCUGUGCCUCAUCGCCACCUUCUACAGCGCUCUUUACCCGAGUCCCAGUGCGAAGCCCAACGCCGAGUACUUCUUCCAGCAGUACCUCGCUGCCCCCGUCGUCAUCGCGCUCUACCUCGGAUGGAAGGUGUACUCUAGGGAAUGGCGGAUGUAUGUGCCCCUCCUGGAGAUCGACCUCAAGACUGGCGUGCGCAUGCUUGAGGACGACGAGGAGGAGGUCAUGCCGGUUAAGACUUGGGCCAAUCUGCCCAUGCGCAUUGUCCGCGGUCUCUUCUAG